AUGAGCAACAAUAUUUUGAACAGUUUGACCGCUGGUCAUGACACUCAUGCUGCUGUUGACGAUUCUUCUGAUGUCACCAACAAUUCUAUUAAUAACUCAGUUAAUGCUUCUGUGAAUAAAAACUGUGAAUCUAAUAAGUCCGACUCAAGUUUGUCUCCCCAAUCUAAUGAUAGCCAUAUCACACUAUCCUUAGAACACCUCCAAUCUGAAUUCACUAAAUUCAAGAUUGAUACUUUAGAUGCCUUAUCACGCUUUGCAACGGCUCAGCAAAAUAAUUCAUCAAUUCAAGAUCAAAUGCUAAAUAUGAUGCAUCAAUUAUGCAUUCUCAAUCCAAAACCGAUCCAUCCAUCGUUUUGCCUACUCCAUCAUUCAAAAGUUCCUUUAAUUAACUACUUUUCGGAUUCAAACUUAGUUUUCUACCGACUGAUUCUACCAAAGUUUGAUAGAUCAACUCCCACUACUGCAAAUGAAUCUUCAGACAAUCAAUUUAGUUCUUUCAGUUCCAUUUACCCUAGAACUAUCUCUAACAAAAUACUCACCACUACCCAUAACCUGUACUAUAUCUCUGAUAAGUCAGAGUUUGAGCAAUGGAUUCGCUCGUUUGCAUCACAUCUUAGAUCACAAGACUUGGAAUUUGUAUUCUCCAAAUCCAAAACAGAUAAUCUCACUCCAGAUAUCGACUGCAAGAAAUAUAUUGUUAACAUAUCUCAAACCUAUGUCCAUGUCAAAGCCUAUCCGACUUGGUUUCAAGAUGACUUAAACACUGGUUACCACUCAUUAUACAAUUUUACCGAAUGUGCCUAA